AUUUUAAUUAAAAAGUUAGAAUAAAAAUAGUAUGGCGGAAAUUAUUAAAGAAAUUCAAGAACGAGAUUUAUCAGAGUAUGAAACUAUUAAAUCUAAUGGUAUAUGCAGCGAUGAAGACCUGCAUAAAUUGAUAAAGGAACGUGAACGUUUUGAAACGAAAGUGAUUCAAAGCAAAAAGACUGCCAUAAAUUAUAUCGAGUAUAUACAAUUUGAAAAGAAUACACAUAAAUGGAUAACUGAAAAGGAGAAACAAUCUGGUUGCAAUUUGACCGACGUCAAGAAAUCUAUAAUUCAACGCAUUAUAAAAUUGUAUCGCAAUGCAACACAGCAGUUUCCACACGAUGAAAGACUGUGGAAUAGUUUUAUACAAUUUAGUCAAAAAUCAAACCCCGGACAAGUAGCUGGCACAUAUGAAAAAAUGUUGUCGUAUCAUGGCGACAAAGAUAAUAUUUGGUGCGAUUAUGCUUUGUGGGCCUAUGAAUCAACGCAAUUGCUGAAAAAUGUCAAAGAAAUAUUUUUCCGUGCCCUCAAAAGACACCCAACUUCAGAAGUAAUUAAUCUAACAUUUUUCGAUAUACUGAUUAAGGAAACAGUAAGAAUUUCCAAUGUUGACAAACUCAACGUGGCUGAACGUCAACUUGGUCUGGAUAGAGCGGUAUUGCUGUAUCGAAACAAUAGAUCGAAAAUAACAAAUGUUUCCUACUACCUCAAACUAUUAGAACGAUGCGAAGAUCCCAAGUUUGUGAACUGCACUGUUCUUUUACAAAAGGAGAUAAUUGAUGAUGUAUUAAAAUAUUUCUAUGCUCAAGCUAUAGUUUGGGAUUAUUUAGCCCAAAGAGAAUUAAAAGGUUACAAUAUGAUCGAUUUACAAGAGAUUACAUCCCAAAAAGUGGCUGAAAUACAAGAUAUGCAAACAAAUUUGGAGGAUGAAAAAGAUCCCGCAAUCAAGGGUGAAGUAUGGAAGGUAAGAAGUCUGAAAACACGCAUUGAGUUAUGUUUUCGAGUUUACGAAAAAGCCGUAGACGCAGUGCCCACCGAAGAAAUGUGGUCGUAUCUCAUUAAUGCCAUGUUAGAUCUUAAUCAAGAUGUACGCAUGGAGGGUGAAUUAAAACGACACUGCCUAGCAAAAUCAUUUAAUAUGGGCCACAAGUCCGGACUUAUGAGUGUUGAACACUAUCAAGCCUGUGUAGAGAUGCUUUUGAAAUCACCUAAUGGUAUAAAGCAUGUCGAGCAACUACUUAAAGAAGCCACCGAAACACAUAAAAAUGAAAAAUUAUAUGAAUUGUGGAUGCGUGCCUAUGCUGAAACUCAAAAUGAGCCAAAAUUCUAUGAAAUCUUUUGCAAAGCUAAUAAGGAUUUGGGCACAGCCAAAUGCAUUUCUGUUUGGUUAUUAGCUUUGAAAUUCUAUAAAGCAUAUCACGAAGAAAACCCCAAGAAAUUGAGUGAAAUACUUAAGGAAGCUGCCAAACAAAUACAUCCAGAAUUUGGGCAGUUCCGAGCUUAUUACUUAGAAUACACCAUGACUUAUGAAUCUUUGAAGAAAGCCCGUGAUCUAUAUGACGAAUUGUGUCAAUUUCCCCCACCUUGCUUAGAGUUGCACAAAAAAAUGGCCGAAAUUGAAUUUCAAGCUGGUACACAUUCCAAGGGCGAUAUUAGUAAAAUACGCAAGUGCUGUGAAAAUGCUGUCCAUUAUUUUGGUGAAUCUAAUGUGGAGGUGUGGAUUGAUCUAUUAAAGUUUGAGCGCGAUAUGGGCAAUAUAAAGUUGAUGUCUAUUAUUUAUGAAAGGGCCAAAAAUACAUUAAAUCCAGAUUUGGUGGAUACAUUUGUUACGGAAUAUUCAUUACUAAAGGUUAUAAUGUAAAUUUGAUGUAUAUUUUUAGUAUAAUUUAGAAAUAAUAUAAGUUCUACGUAAAGAAAAUAAAAUUACAUAUUUUCUUUGUGUUUUUUACGAAAUUGUAAUAUGUAAAUGAUUUUAAGUUUUAAAUUCGAAGAAUAAAAAUGUAAGAAAAGAUAAA